GGCAGCACAGGUUUUAAGUCCAUCUCUCUCCUGAGUCAUUUUACUUUCAAUUCAAGGGAAUUCUGCUUCAUCAAGGAUCAUUCAUCGUUUCUAUUUGAGGUAAGAUCGGACGUAGUAUCUUCUUUCAUGGAAAACAAACAAGAAGAAGAGAAGAUGAAAAGUGUGUCGAAUCUGGCCCUAGAUCUGAAGGGGGAAGCUGAGAUUAAAGAUUCCUUCACAUUUGAGGAGCUUAAACCAAAGCCACAACCGUCACCACCAUCAGUAUGGCACGUACCAAAGAGCGUAAUAUCUGAUGAUAUGAAGAUGACCCAGAGGCAGCGAGAGGUAAAAUUAAUCCCUAAUCAAAGCUAUGAAGAAGAUGAGCUUGUGAGUGCAGAGAUGGACAAGGAAUCUGACUUAUAUCUAGCAACCAUAAGUGGUGAUCUCGACCAGGUCAAAACAAUUUUGAAUAUAGAUCCUGAAGGUGAUAUUUUAUCUUGGCUGAGCCCUAUUCAAAACACAUUUCUUCAUGUUGCAGCCAAACAUAGAAACCUAGAUAUAGUGAAAUUCAUAGCCAGUACAAAACCAUCUCUCGUCUUGGCCAAGAACUUCAAUGGAGACACUGUGUUGCAUCUCGCAGCAAAAGGUGGAGAUGAACCUAUUGUAAGAGCCCUUGUGCGAGAUCUCUCUCAUAAUCACACGGAGAAGCGUAAUCUACUGAUAGCAGAGAAUGAUAUGGGAAACACAGCCUUGCAUCAAGCAUUAUUUAAUGAUCAAAUAUCAAUUGCUAGUUUUUUGAUCCAGCAAGAACCUGAGCUAUCAUAUCACCUAAACAAGCAUGGAGAAUCUGCCAUUUAUUUGGCGGUUAAAGCUGGUCUUGUAGAAUGCGUCUCUUCUAUUCUUGCUCAGUGCACGGAUGAGAGCCGCCUAAAUCUGCUUUUCCAGAAUAAAUCACCCUUUCAAGCAGCAAUUGAGAGGGAUGAAAUAGUUGUUUUAGAAGCCAUAAUCAAGGCGGAGCCAAAAUUAAUCCAGAUGAGUGACAGUGAAGAAAGAAAUCCGCUUCAUUUCGCUGCAUAUUUGGGUAACCUAGAAGCAACACAAUACCUGCUACAAAAAUGUAAGAGAAAUGCAACUAGAAGAGACAAAAGAGGUGAACUGCCUAUUCAUUUGGCAGCACUUGAAGGCCAUGUUGACGUCAUUCACACUUUGCUCCUAUACCCCCCCGAAGCAGAGGAGCUGCUCGACAACUCUGGUCAAAAUAUUCUACACAUUGCUGCCCGGAGUGGAAAAUAUAAUGUGUUCCGUUUCAUUCUCAAGAAUCCAAAUCUCAACUCCCUCAUAAACAUGAAAAAUAAAUCCGGAGACACGCCCCUGCAUAUUGCCACCAGGAAUGAUCAUGCUAAGAUAGUCAGUACCUUAACCUGGGACCAGCGGGUCGACAUUAAGGCGGUUAACAACAAUGAAAUGACAGCCCUUGAUGUUGCUUAUGAAAAAAGGAUAGAUAAUCCUUCUUUUGCAAAGCGUUUGACUUGGGCUGCUCUGAAAUCUGCAUCUGUUCCUCAAAAUUCAGAUUCAUAUAGGAAUGUGAAUGUCAACUUGGAUGUCUAUAAGGAAAGAGUAAGCACUCUCUUGGUUGUGGCAACUCUGGUCGCCACAGUAGCUUUUGCAGCUGGUUUCACCAUGCCUGGUGGCUACAUUAGCUCUGAAACUGGCACUGAUUUGGGCAAGGCAACAUUGUGGAAGGACACGGUGUUCCAUGUUUUUGUUUUAUGCGACACAAUAGCCAUGUACACUUCACUCGUCGUUGUCACAGCUCUCAUCUGGGCUCAACUAGGUGAUACCACCUUAGUCAUCUAUGCCCUUGAGCUUGCGGCACCUUUGCUCGGAGUUGCUCUGAUCAUGAUGUCCAUUGCUUUCACAGCGGGAGUUACCAUAGUUGUUACCAAACUCAGGUGGCUCCAAAUCACUAUGCUGGCCAUGAGUACAUCAUUCAUCGCCCUAUUGCUUCUGCUACUGCUUCCCUUGUGUGCACCACUCACUUCAAGGAGUCGGAUACUACGGUAUCUUUCUUACUACCCAUUUUGCUUGCUUGUACUCGUUAGUAGCACAAAGCCGAGCACAGCGCCGAAUCAUUGAAGUCUCAGACACCAAAUUGUGGCAUUGUAUUGUAUCUAGGUAUUUAUAUGUUGGUUUGCACUUUUAAUAAUUCCAGAUUAUGUCGUCUCUAGUUAUUUGUGUUGGUAUGCACUUUAAUCUACUAAUAGUGAGGUAAAAACACUUCUUGUAUUAGAAAAUACAUUACUGUCUUACUAUUAUCUAUAUGUCGUA